AUCUGAUCAAAUCGUUCAAAUUCUCCGUGCAUGUUUCCCUUUAACCUCUAAAGUAUACGUAACAGUGUUUUACGUUAGAGAAAAUUACGCGUAUUUUAAAAACGUAGUUUAAUCUAAAUCUCGCUUCAAUCAAGUGUUUUUAUUAUUGUCAUCGUAUAUGAAUAAUAGAUAUUAAGAAUUAUAAGUAGAAGUGAAUAGAAAGGAAAGACCUUUGACAGAAAUUCGAAGGCUAAAAAUUUACGUAUUCUGCCUGUUGUUGCAAUAUUCUCGCACUAUGAUAAAAUCCUAUUAAUAAUAUCUACAAACGAUUCAGUUCACAUUGUAAACAGCAACUAGGGAAGAAUAAUCGACAAACUUUUAUUGCUAUAUACUUCUGGAUUUCUGCAAUAUCCUUUUAUCUAAAUCGUUAUCUAAAUCAUUUUUUCGUUACUUCCCUUUGUUAAUUAUAAACAAAUUACAGUUCACAAUUCUUAGAAUGUUUUGACUUAGUCGCUUUUCAAUAACAAAAAUUAUUCCAAUUAUUAAUUAAACUCGUAUUUCGAGAAUAUGAUACCUGUGAAUUUUAUAAUUUCAAAGGUAUUAAACAAAUUGAAUUAAAUUGCUUUGGAAAAAUUCAAUCAUUAAUUUUUAAGGAUAAAAUAUUAUCUUUAAAAUCUAUUACAAAAGAAAAAAAUUUAAAAAAUAAUGGAUACAUCAAUGCGUGAAAAACUACUUACUUUUGCGGAUGUUAUGAUUAGAGUUCCACCUUUAUUUAUCAUAGAUGAAUUACUUAGAAUUGGACUUGGAUUAUCCAAUGACAAUGUAGUGCUUUAUAGCACAGAACGUGGUUUUAAGAUAUCAAGAGUUUCAGACAGCAUUGUAAAUUCAAUAAUACCUACUUCAUUGUUACAACCAUUUGACUUUGAAUAUUUUGCUUAUAAAAUGCAUUUUAUAAUGGCAUUGAAGUUUUUAUGCUGCUGUUUGGGAUAUAUAGCUGCAAUAUGCAUAUUUAUGUUAUGGACAAAACAUCUAAUAAUUGUAUAUGUAUACUUAAUAUCAGUAGGGACAAUAUUUAUAUCCUAUUGGUCAAAUAUUAGUACAAUGAAAGCUAUUAUUACAUAUGUGAGCACACAACGUGAAUACACAACUAGCAUACUUGAUGAUAUUUUGACUCUUGAUUUAAAAUAUAUCUUAGACGAAGGACCAGGUUUCUUAAUAAUUCAGAAUUAUGUACUACAAUGCUUAUUAGCUAGCAUUUUUUGUUAUAUUCAUCUUGCACCAAGACAUCCGAUUCUGCAAAAACUUCUUGUAUUAAGUUUUAUGGCACCGCCGAUCUUGGGCAUUUGUCCAUUGCCGACGCAAGUUCUCUAUCAUGUGCCAGUAUUCGCAGCUCUUCUUCCAUUAGCUGUAUGUAAAUUUGUUAUUUGGUACAAUGGAAUUACUAUGUUAAACACGAUUUAUAUGGGUUAUCAACAUGCACGUAACUUCAUAAGCAAUUACGGUUUAUCCGCACUUGCCGAAACCGAAUGGAUCCGAUUGAACGUUCCGUGUGUAUUACGUAUGUUUUGGAUGCUAAGAGUUGGAGGACAAGUGUUUCAGAUCCUUGGAAAUCAUUACGGUGAAGAGACGUUUACCUAUUACGUAAUGAUUAGAAGUUUAUUAGUCAAUGGUUGCGAAACAUUGACGGCCGUCUUGGGAAUGACAAGUAUAAUUUCAUUUAUUUGCGAUUAUAUCGGAUGUUUCUUUCAAUGGGUGUUGCUCACGGAAGACGAAGACGAGAAGAGUAUCGGUACUGUGUCCGCAAUUUUAUUUUAUGUGCUGGCCUUGCAAACUGGAUUAACAAGUUUGGAUAGAGAGAAACGUUUGGUCAGAUUGUGUCGUAAUUUUUGUUUAUUGUUUACGGCUGUUCUACAUUUUGUCCACAAUAUCGUAAAUCCACUUUUGAUGUCGCUCAGCGCUUCGCAUAAUCCAGCACUUCAUCGACAUAUUCGUGCUUUGGCAGUUUGCGUAUUUUUGAUACUAUUUCCAGUGUCACUCUUAGUAUAUCUUUGGUCCCAUUAUACUGUAAACACGUGGUUACUUGCGGUAUCGGUGUUUAGUAUCGAAGUAAUUGUAAAAGUGCUAGUUUCGCUCGCUAUCUACUCUUUGUUUCUGAUCGAUGCUUAUCGUAGCGUAUUUUGGGAACAACUUGAUGAUUGCGUAUAUAUAAUACGAUCUUUCGGUAAUACGGUCGAAUUUACAUUUGGUAUUAUUCUCUUCUUCAACGGAUUUUGGAUGUUAGUGUUCGAAUCUGGUGGAGCAAUUCGAGCCAUUAUGAUAUGUAUCCAUGCCUAUUUUAAUAUAUGGUGCGAAGCAAAAGCCGGUUGGAGCGUGUUCAUGAAACGUCGAUCAGCCGUUAACAAAAUCAAUUCUCUGCCCGAAGCAAAGGCAGAGCAGCUUCGAAUGCUGGAUGAUGUUUGCGCUAUUUGUUAUCAAGAGAUGCAAAGUGCCAAGAUCACGCGUUGCAAUCACUACUUUCAUAGCGUCUGUUUGCGAAAAUGGUUGUACGUUCAAGAUCGUUGUCCACUUUGCCACGAUGUAUUGUAUAAAGUUGAGAAUUCGCAAAACAAAAGCAACGAGAUUAUCCCCACCGAACAACGGGUAGUGGCAGAUGCUGAAGACAAUGUUCCCGGAGUGAACGAAGAUAGGUGA